AUGGAUUCGAAAACCCCAGUGAAAACCAAAGUUUUGGGGUCGUCUUCGAUCUCCAAGGUUAGAGUCGUCCUUAGGGUUCGUCCGUUUCCAAGGUUAGAGGUUUCCGACGACCGAUCCUGUGUUUCCGUAAUCGGCGGCGAUGCCGGAGAUGCGAGCGAAGUGGCAGUUUGCCUCAAAGAUCCAGAUAGCUGCCGUAACGAAAGCUUUAAGCUGGAUGCGUUUUACGGGAGCGGUGAUGAUAAUGUGAAGCAGAUUUACAAUAGAGAAGUAAAUCCUUUGAUUCCGGGGAUCUUUCGAGGUCUCAACGCUACUGUGCUUGCUUAUGGAGCCACUGGAAGCGGAAAGACGUUUACGAUGCAGGGAAUCGAUGAGCUCCCUGGCUUGAUGCCCUUGACCAUGUCCACCAUUCUGUCCAUGUGCGAGAAGACAGGAAGUAGGGCAGAGAUUUCAUAUUAUGAAGUUUACAUGGACAGAUGUUGGGAUCUCCUAGAAGUCAAAGCCAACGAGAUUGCUAUUUGGGAUGAUAAAGAUGGACAAGUUCAUCUUAAGGGGCUGUCUAGUAUCCCAGUUAACUCCAUGUCCGAUUUUAACGAGGCGUACUCAUGUGGCGUUCAGCGGCGGAAAGUUGCGCACACUGGUUUAAAUGAUGUCUCUAGUAGAAGCCACGGAGUGCUUGUUGUCUCAGUAACCUCAGAAGGUGUUGUCACAGGGAAAAUCAACCUGAUUGAUCUGGCAGGUAACGAAGACAAUAGAAGGACAGGCAAUGAAGGAAUCCGUCUACAAGAGAGUUCCAAGAUUAACCAGUCACUAUUUGCAUUGUCGAAUGUGGUUUAUGCACUGAAUAAUAACCUGCCGAGAGUGCCUUAUAGGGAAAGCAAAUUGACUCGAAUACUGCAGGAUUCACUUGGAGGGACAAGUAGGGCUCUCAUGGUGGCAUGUCUGAAUCCUGGAGAAUAUCAAGAAUCUCUUCGUACUGUUAGCUUGGCUGCAAGGUCAAGGCACAUCUCAAACAAUAUUUCUUUGAAUCCCAAAGUAGAGACCCCCAAGGUUAAGAUAGAUAUGGAAGCAAAACUGCAAGCUUGGCUUGAAUCAAAAGGCAAGACGAAAAGCUCACACAGAAUGAUGGCAAUACGUUCUCCGCUGAUUGGUACAAAUCAAACUCAAAGCUCGGUCAAGAAACUCGGUUGCCACAGAUCAGCCACUACUGCAGAAAGUGCUAAACUUGCUGGCAACGGACAGAGGGACGCAUUUGUGACCGCAAGAAACUUAUUUGGUGAGGAAACUACUGCUGCUUCACAUUUAUGGGAACCAAUACAGAGUCUGCACUUAGCUUCACCAACCAAAGAUGAUGAGAAAGACACAUCUGCCGAAGAAAAUAUGUUGGAAUCAGAAGCAAAGUUGAGAGAUAAACUAUCGGGGCUCGAGAAGAAAUACACAGAACUGAGUCCUCUUCGAGAAGCUCUAUCUCCGAUAGACUCAAAUGCAAAACCAAACUCAGCUGAUGGGUGCUCUCCUAUUCUCAAGUCAAUGACUCCAAAAACACCUUUACUUUCUGCAAACACUGAGAAAAUGCGGCUGGAAGGCACAUGCCAGAAAUUCGAUGCUUGGAGCACUAAAUUAAAGACCUCCCUCAUAAAGGAGUAUAUUAACUUCUUGAAUACAGCCAACAGAGAAGAGCUAAUGGAGUUAAAGGGAAUUGGACAGAAGAUGGCUGAGUACAUAAUUGAACUCAGAGGAAGAAGCCCUUUAAAAUCGCUUAGUGACUUGGAGAAGAUUGGUUUCACCUCAAGACAGGUACACAACUUAUUCAAAAGAGCCACUGAAGGAAUUCUUGAGAAGACAGUUUCUGCUUCGACAACUACACCUUAG